AUGGAGCUGUCCCGCAAAAGCGACAAAGAGGAGGGCGCCGCCAGCUGCUGCCCUGCUGCCCCCCCCUCUGCAGCAGCAGCAGCAGCAGCAGCAGCAGCAGCAAGCGCUGCUGCUGCUGCUUUUGGCCCGGACGCGCCCUCAGCAGGCCCCUGCGCUGCUGACGGCUUGCUGCCCGCAGCGCAGCAGCAGCGCGGAGCGCCCGCAGCAGCAGCAGCACCAGCAGCAGCAGCAGCAGCACCAGCAGCAGCAGCAGCAGCAGCAGCAGCAGCAGCAGCAGCAGGGGGGGGGCACAGCCACGAGUUUCUGCUGUACAGACGCUGGACCCUGGCCGAACUCCUCGCCCUUCGCCAGGUGUACAGACACCUCCACCGCGUCGAAGUCUUCGUCCAAAAAAGGGCCAAAACGGAGUCCGAGAGGCGGCAGGCCCUUGCUGCUCCUGCAGCAUUUCGCCGCAUGCAGCAGCAGCAGCAGCAGCAGCAGCAGCAGCAGCAGCAGCAGCAGCAGCAGCAGCAGCA